CUAGGCCGGUCGGCAAGUCGGGAGGAGGGACGCUCGCAGUGAAGAGUACGUUCUCGUCUUGCUCUCUUUUGUUCCCAUCGCCGUACUGGCUGGACCGGAAUGCGCUGGACCAUGCCGGACAACCACCGUUUCAAGGUCACACGACAGAGAAAUCCGUCUAGAACAAACUCCCGUCAGGCACAAGACUCGGGACGCUACGGCAACGACAAUAAUAAUACCGGCGCCCAUAGCCUCAACAUUACUUCGCUGCGACAGUACACACGCCACUGUGGAUGGAAUGCGUCGCAUGCUCCAGGCUCGCGGCAAAAGGGGCCAAUACGACCAGUCAUCUCGCCAAAAGUCAACAAUAUUUUGCGUCAUGCUGAAUCGGGCUGGUCUCCCCCCCUCAGUCCCUCCCAAAGCAGCAACCAUCCCAUCGCGAGAUCUACAACAUAUUACUAUUUUACUAGUGCCACCACGACCCCCUCACGCCCCCCUCUUCUCACGUAUAGGUACUUAUCUCUACAUAUACCCAUAUGCUACACAGUACGUAUAUGCCUAGGUAUGUACGUACACGUAUCGUAUAUACGUGUGCGAGUGUGUGUGUGUGUGUGUGUGUGUGUGUGUGUGUGUGUGUGUGUGUGCUCAGUUACUCAUAUGCUAUGGCGCUGGUGGUAGGGAUUCGUCGCGUGUAGAGGAGCACGAUGCCAACCUGCAGUGCAGAUGCUUUCGAUAGCAGCCCAACCAGGGGCUGCCCCAGAUCUUAGUCGGCAAAUAUCCAAGGACCCAACAAUUCUAGGGCCGCGACACCGUGGUACCUACGUCGUAGGGUUUACUGGCCAUCUAAUUUC